GGGGACCCUGGCCCAGGGGUCGGAGGCGGAGGGCGGGGCGCCGGCCUGCCCGGGACGACCAGCUUUUGUUGCGCGGAGCCGCUGGCCCGAGGCGGCUAUUGUCUUGCGCCCCUGGCUGGGCUGCGUCAGCCUAGGGCCAGGGCCAGGCGGGUGGCAGUGUGAGUGCGGUGCCCCCGGGUGUGCAGGAGGGGCCGUGGGGACUGUGGAGCCCAUCCCCGGGUCCUCGGGGGCCGGGACCCCUGGCAGUUUGACCCUCCUCUUGGAACCGGCCGGGACUGGAUGGGCGCUUCCUGGCCAGCGCCCAGGACAGGUGCCUGGGGACACGGGUGGAGAGCCAGGGCCUUCCUGAGCAGCUUCUGUCUGUGCAGGAAGGAGGCUGGAGUCUGAAGAGGGAAGCCCGGGUAGGCCUUCUGCUCCCUGAGAGGCUUCCUCCUCUUCCCUCCACACCCCCUGCGCCGGCUCUGACUCCCGGGACCUGCAAAGGAGCUUCCGGAGCUUUAAUGGAAGUCUUCUCUGCCUCUGAGGCGCACGUGAUGGGAGGGGUAGAGACAGGCCCUGCCCACUAAUGGAUGCUGGAGGGGAUCUCUAAGGAAAAAGGGGUCCUCCCCCUCUCAGCAUUGAGGCGGGGCGGGGGGGCGGAGGCAUAGGCAGUCUGCUCUCUGCUUUGAGCAGUGCUGGAUUCAGUAAUAGGCAGGGAAACUGACUGAGCAGAGGAGAGACCAGCCAAGACCCUCUGUGGUGGGAGGCAGGUCUCCCACACACCUGCCCACCUGGGUAGCCAGGCCCCUGCCUGUCAUACGGCCCUGGUGUGGUCACCAGAGUCUGGCCCUCAGAGAUGGAGGGAAUGGUUUUUGGGAAAUCCAUGGUCACAGUAUGUCUGAUGACCCUGAGCUGAGCUUGGGGAGGCUGAGGUGGAUGACAGUCAGCCCUGCUCUCCCACCCCAAGCUUGCUCCCCCAGCUUGGCUUUUUGUCUUCUCUGCCUGGGGCCACGCCCUGGCAGGUGCACUGCUGUGUGGAGGAGUGAGCUCCAGGUCCUGGAGACUGGUCAGAAGCUGUGGCACUAAGGGAAAGGGCAUUUUGUGGUGGCCAAGGGCUUGCUGCCUGGUGGAAGAUGCCUGCCUGGCUUGUCCUGGACUCUACCUGGGAGGGCCAUGCUGGGGAUGGAGGAGAUUCAUUCAUUCAUCCAUCUGAUGGCAGCCACCUCCUGCCCUCUGGGAGCCUGGCCUGCAGGUGUGAGAUCCAGGUGUGCAAUCUCACUUUAACUCAUUCCCUGUGUGUGCUAGCCAGGCCGUGGACAGGGGAGGAGCCUGCUCCUGCAGUCUGUUCUUCAGGACACAGACUGUGGUUGUACAUCUGUGAAGUCCAGCGGUUCGGGUAGAUAAAUGCUGUGGGACCAGGGCCCAGCCACCUGUCCACCAGCAGUCCCUCUCUGUGUUGGUCCAGUCUUGCUUUUCUGCUCCCUGUGUUCCUUGCAUUUUGCCACAAAGGUGGGACUGGUGCUACCCGGCAUGUCCCAGGACCGCAGCCCCCUCUGUCAUUCCCACCUUCUUGUGAAGAAGCUGAGUCCCAGGAGCAGAGCCCAGGCAGCCAGGCCUCACUGGCCACGAUGCCGGAGGCGCCUGAUGUGCUGGAGGAGACCGUGACGGUGGAGGAGGACCCCGGCACACCCACUUCCCAUGUGUCUAUCGUCACAUCUGAAGAUGGCACGACCCGGCGCACCGAGACCAAGGUCACCAAGACUGUCAAGACGGUGACCACUCGGACAGUACGCCAGGUGCCCCUGGGCCCAGACGGACUCCCCCUGCUGGAUGGCGGCCCCCCACUAGGCCCUUUUGCCGAUGGUGCCCUGGACCGGCAUUUCCUGCUGCGUGGUGGUGGCCCGGCGGCCACACUCUCUCGAGCCUACCUCAGCAGCGGGGCUGGCUUUCCCGAAGGCCCCGAGCCCCGGGACAGUUCCAGCUAUGGCAGCCUGUCCCGAGGGCUGGGUGUGCGGCCCCCACGUGCUGGCCCCCUUGGCCCAGGCCCUGGUGAUGGCUGCUUCACACUGCCUGGCCACCGGGAGGCCUUCUCAGUGGGUCCUGAGCCUGGGCCACCAGGUGGCCGCUCCCUGCCUGAGCGCUUCCAGGCAGAGCCGUAUGGCUUGGAGGAUGACACGCGCAGCCUGGCCGCUGAUGACGAGGGUGGCCCUGAGCUGGAGCCUGACUAUGGCACGGCCACGAGGAGGAGGCCUGAGUGUGGGCGGGGCCUUCACACCAGGGCCUACGAGGACGCGGCAGAUGAUGGCGGCGAGCUGACGGAUGAACGGCCUGCGUUCCCAGCAGUGACGGCGCCCCUGGCCCAGCCUGAACGGGGCAGCCUGGGCAGCCUGGACCGGCUGGUGCGGCGCUCGCCCUCAGUGGAUAGCGCCCGCAAGGAGCCGCGCUGGCGGGACCCUGAGCUGCCUGAGGUGCUGGCCAUGCUGCGGCACCCCGUGGACCCCGUGAAGGCCAAUGCGGCCGCCUACCUGCAACAUCUGUGCUUUGAGAACGAGGGUGUCAAGCGGCGUGUACGGCAGCUGCGGGGGCUGCCGCUGCUUGUGGCGCUGCUGGACCACCCGCGGGCUGAGGUGCGGCGCCGGGCCUGUGGGGCACUGCGCAACCUCUCCUAUGGCCGUGACACUGACAACAAGGCCGCCAUCCGGGACUGUGGUGGUGUGCCUGCCCUGGUGCGCCUGCUGCGGGCCGCCCGGGACAACGAGGUCCGCGAGCUUGUCACUGGCACACUGUGGAACCUGUCGUCAUAUGAGCCCCUGAAGAUGGUCAUCAUUGACCAUGGCCUGCAGACACUGACCCAUGAGGUGAUCGUGCCCCACUCAGGAUGGGAGCGUGAGCCCAACGAGGACUCCAAGCCACGGGAUGCCGAGUGGACAACUGUCUUCAAGAACACGUCGGGCUGCCUGAGGAAUGUGAGCUCUGAUGGUGCUGAGGCCCGGCGGCGACUCCGGGAGUGUGAAGGGCUGGUGGACGCGCUCCUGCAUGCCCUGCAGUCAGCAGUGGGCCGGAAGGACACGGACAACAAGUCGGUGGAGAACUGCGUGUGCAUCAUGCGGAACCUGUCCUACCACGUGCACAAGGAGGUGCCCGGGGCCGAUAGGUACCAGGAGGCCGAGCCCGGGCCCCUGGGCAGUGCUGUAGUCUCCCAGCGCCGGAGGCGGGAUGAUGCCAGCUGCUUUGGUGGCAAGAAGGCCAAAGAGGAGUGGUUCCACCAAGGAAAGAAGGAUGGUGAGAUGGACCGGAACUUUGACACGCUAGACCUGCCCAAGCGAACUGAGGCUGCUAAAGGCUUUGAGCUGCUGUACCAACCCGAGGUGGUACGUCUCUACCUCUCCCUCCUCACGGAGAGCCGGAACUUCAACACCCUGGAGGCUGCCGCCGGUGCUCUGCAGAACCUCAGUGCCGGCAACUGGAUGUGGGCCACGUACAUCCGCGCCACAGUGCGCAAAGAGCGCGGGCUGCCGGUGCUUGUGGAACUGCUGCAGUCUGAGACCGACAAGGUGGUGCGCGCCGUCGCCAUUGCCCUGCGCAACCUCUCGCUGGACCGGCGCAACAAAGAUCUUAUCGGGAGCUACGCCAUGGCCGAGCUUGUGCGGAAUGUGCGCAAUGCACAGGCUCCGCCGCGACCUGGGGCCCGCCUGGAGGAAGACACCGUGGUGGCGGUGCUCAACACAAUCCACGAAAUCGUGUCCGACAGCCUGGAUAACACGCGCUCGCUCCUGCAGGCACGUGGGGUGCCAGCGUUGGUGGCUCUCGUCGCCUCCAGCCAAUCUGUACGCGAGGCGAAGGCGGCGUCGCACGUGUUGCAGACAGUGUGGAGCUACAAAGAGCUGCGUGGUACUCUGCAGAAAGAUGGCUGGACCAAGGCGCGCUUCCAGUCGGCUGCUGCUACUGCCAAGGGGCCUAAGGGAGCACCGAGUCCUGGGGGCUUCGAUGACAGCACGCUGCCACUGGUGGACAAGAGCCUUGAGGACGAGAAAACUGGCAGCCGGGAUGUGAUCCCCAUGGACGCGCUUGGUCCAGACGGAUACUCCACAGUGGACCGGAGGGAGCGAAGGCCGCGGGGCAUUGGCUCUGCCGGAGAGGCCUCUGAGAAGGAACCAUUGAAACUCGAUCCCAGCAGGAAGGCCCCUCCCCCAGGGCCCAGCAGGCCCGCGGUCAGGCUGGUGGACGCCGUGGGGGACGCUAAGCCUCAGCCCGUUGACUCCUGGGUCUAGCUUGCAUGCCUGGGCCCAGGCCCAGCCUCUUGUUCUUAGGGCUUGGAUCGUGGAAGAAGGGCCACCCUGAGCAGAUCCUGCCGUGGAGCUUGGAGCCCCCUGGCGGCAGGGGUUGGCAGCGCCUCACCCCAGCCAAGCCUGACUUUGGGGACACCUUCCUGCCCCCCACCCUACCUAACUCCCUAGGCCUGAGUUAGCUGUUUACUGACAUGGUGCUGUGUGUGAGCGAGUGACAGAAGGCCCGAGGAGGCCGACUGGGCUGCUAGGGCAGGGCCCAGGGAGGUGGCAGGGAAGGGUGCCUGGCUGGGCUUUGGGGCCGGUGGGGUAGGAGGGUGCCCCUGGGAACACAGUGCCCCAGAGGUGCGGGAAGGCUUGGUGCCAGGGGCAGGUGGCUAGGCAGGGAGGGGGCUGGGAAAGAACUUGGACUCCUAAAGGUGGAGGGGCUCCUUGGGCACCUUGCAGGCAGGCAGACCACAGUGUCAGGGGUGCCCCACAAGGCCCAGCCCUGGGCAAGGAAGCUUUGGAAGCAGCAAGGUGGGGGUCAGGCUACAGGUGCCCCACCUCCCCAGAGCCGUGCAGUCAUGUGAGGCCCCUGUGCAGUAGAGAGCCGUUGUCCAGCUGAUGCUGGCCGGGGCCGGGGCCGCCGCAUCUGCCUGGAGCCUGGGCAGCACCUCCAGGACUGACCUUCAGCAGUGGCUUGGGGACUGCUUUCAGUGCCUGCUGUUUGUGACUCAGAAGAAAAACACUGAGAAAACGCAUUAAAAAUAAGCCAAAAUAAGACUGUAUUGGUAAACAUCUAAAUUUUUGUAAGAAAAUUUAAAAAUUAAAGCAGCAAAGGAA